AUGGUGAUAAUGGACAGGGAAGACUAUGUCAAGAAGCUGAAGUGUGAAAUGUCGGACAGUGAGACAUACGUCGCGGUGACGGAUGAUAUAACAAGGAUUUUGAAAUACAAAGUGAAAAAAGUGGCCGAUACCCUAUACAAGAAGGGGUCGAUCGACAGUGACCUUAAAAGGUAUCUCACCAGCGGCGGUGGAACUUCCGGUAAGCUUCAGGGCAACAUGAAGCGUCAUAAACCUGGGAUGCCUCUCCGCACUAUUGUAAAUGGCCGCAAUCACCCGACAGAGAAAAUGGCGGAAAUAGUGGAGAAUGAAUUGCGCGAUCAUGUGACGUCACUUCCGUCCGUACCAAGAGAAGAAGCCCGUGCUGCAGUAAUUGAAGCUCUCAAUCGGCGAGUGCAACCGGAAGUACCAACCAACGACAUAAUCACAAUGAUGGACACUGUUCUAAAUAACAACACCAUUUCAUUCAAUGGAGACCACUACAUGCAAAAUGAAGGAACUGCUAUAGGAUCGCACUUAGGAAUGAAUUACGCAUCGACCUACAUGGGAGCCUGGGAGACAGAGUUAUUUUCAAAAUCAAAUAAGCAUCCAAUAGCCUACUUCCGGUUUGUUGAUGAUGUUUGGAGCUUGUGGACACAUGGUUUGGAGGCACUAAAGACAAUCCAUGCGGUUGCAAAUGAAAUCCAUCCACGAAUACAGCUAGAGCUCCGCUACUCAACAAAGCAGCUCGAAUUCCUAGACACCAUGACGUCUAUUCGAAGAGGAAGGCUGGUUUCAGACCUAUAUACCAAACCAACAGAUCGGCACCUCUACCUGCACAUGGACUCGUCGCAUACCGAGUCUACGAAGAAGGCCAUUCCGUGCGGCCUAGGUGUGAGGCUGAAAAGAAUAUGUUCGGAAGAGACGGACUACAAAAAACACAGAGAUGAGAUGAAAGAGCAACUACAGAAGCGAGGAUACAAUGGCCGAUUCGUCGAGACAGAGCUGUAG